AUGGGGUCCUUUAUUAUAUUCGCUGUUGCAUUCAUAGCUGUUGAAGCUUUAUCCUUCAAGGAAGAAUGGAUUGAUUUCAAGAUGAAACAUGGAAAAUCCUACGACCCAAAAGAAGAAGCCCAUCGCUAUUCAAUUUUCCAAUCCAACAUGUUAACUAUAGCAAACCACAACAGAAAAUAUGAAAAUGGCGAGUCCACGUUCGAGAUGGGAAUCAACAACUUCGCCGAUCUGACUCCCGAAGAAUUUCUGGCCAUGAUCAGCAACCCCUACAUAUGGAACACCACUUUGGAAGUCGAGCAAGCCAGUUUCAAUGACGUCAUGGGUACGGAUAUACCCGAAGAGGUCGACUGGAGGAAAAAAGGAGCUGUCACUGCAGUCAAAAAACAAGGACGCUGUGGAUCAUGCUGGAGUUUCAGUGCAACUGGAACAAUCGAAGGCCAAUACUUCAUCAAAGAAGGAAAACUGGUCUCUCUGAGCGAACAGCAAAUGGUAGACUGCGCAACAAAGGAAACAUACAAGUGUGGCGGCUGUAAAGGUGGUUACGUGAACAAGGCUUUGAAGUAUGCAGCGGACAAUGGCAUGAUGUUGGAAAAUUCUUAUCCUUACAAGGCGAAACACCAAUCGUGUCAGUACAAUAAGUCGCAAGUCGCUGUCAAGACUUCCUCCUACAAGUCGGUGAAGAAAGGAGAUGAAAAUGAACUGAAGAAGGCUGUGGCACUUGUAGGACCUAUCUCUGUUUGUAUUACUGCGACAAAAAACUUCCACCUCUACAAAUCUGGUGUUUUUGAUGAUGAAACUUGUAACAGAAAGCGUAUAAACCAUGCAGUUCUGGUUGUUGGAUACGGUUCUUUGAAUGGCAACGACUAUUGGAUCGUGAAGAAUUCUUGGGGUGCCCAUUGGGGACAACAUGGUUACAUCUUGAUGUCACGGAAUAAAGAUCAAUGUGCUAUAGCAUAUCAUGCAGUGUAUCCAGUCUUGUAA